CGGGUUAGGCAGUAUAUGUGGUGGGAAGUGGAUUGGCAACGUUUAGCGUUGGGACCUCUCUUCAGUCAAACUGAUUUCGAUGACGAGCCCCGAUCUGAAACAUAGUCUGUCCAUUCCUUCCCCAGAUGCCGACCGACCCCUAAGUUCUGCUACCACUUUGUUUAAGUAAGAUAUAAAGGCUGUUACUCCAGUUGUCUCAAAUUUUCUCUUCUGGCUUCCCCAAUGACGCGCCGCCAUUUGCACGUUUUUGGAGUGCACGAUCAUUAAACAAUGAGGGGACUAUUUAUUUCCGGAGCACGACUUUUCUGGAGUCCAGGAGAGAGACGUUUGGCAACUGCGGAGCACGUUAAACAGAUACUCUUUCCGCGGGUUAAGCAGAUGCAGACAUGCUAGGUUAUGCCAAUAGCGUCACACUCUCAAACAGGUGCGUGCGGUGAAUAACCGCGAAAGUUUCCAAAUGUUCAUCAAAUAACCAUGUUCUAGAGGAAGCUCGCAGGGUCAAAGAGCAUAUGGGGAGGCAAAUAUAUGGUGGACAUGACCCGCGUUAACAUGUGGCUCCACAGAUAUUGCUUUGGCCUCUGGAUUCUUUCAACAAUUUGUUUUGUUCCAGAUCCCAGGAAUUGUAGACUCUUGUGCUUCCAAAUGAGUUCAUACGUCAUAGGAUCAGAAUUAGGCCUGUCGGCCCAUCGAGCCUUCUACGCCAUUAGAUCACCGCUGAUCUAUCUUUCCCUCUCAACCGCAUUCUCCUGCCUUCUCCCCGUAAACUUUGACGCCCUUACUAAUCAAUAAUUUGUCAAUCUGCGUUUUAAAAACACCCAAUGACUUGGCCUCCACAGCCGUCUGUGACAAUGAAUUCUACACAUUCAUCACCCCCUGGCUAAGGAAAUUCGUGUUCAUCUCCUUUCUAAAGAUACCUCCUUUUAUUUUGAGCUGUGGCCCUUGGUCUUGAACUCUCCCUCUCGUGGAAAAACUUUGUUCGCAUCUACUCUAUCCAGGUAUUUCACUAUGAGGUAUGUUUCCAUGAGGUAUCCCCCCGCCCCACCAGGUAAACACCAGCGAGUAUAGACCCAGAGCCGCCAAACGCUCAUCGUAAGUUAAGUAAUGGGUCUCGGACAUAUGCAGUGCAAUACAUCGACUACAAUCAUAUAACAUAUCGGUAUGAACAUAAGGAAGCAAUGCGUUGCAGAAAUGAGAGAGGGGAAAUGUUACCAAUAAUCUGGUGUUUGCUUGCAUCCAACUUGCAUAAUUUUGUAUUAUUUUACGUUGGCAUUCUGAAUUUAAGGGCGAGAGACACAACGAAACACGUGCCAGUGACGUUGAAGGAGGAGGGGAACAUCUGAGUUCCAGAUAACAUGGACCCUCACAGCGAAGAGCCGGAAUUUUCCAACGAUUUUAGACAAUUGAGAUUGGUGGGACCGCAUGAACCUUGUAUCGGAGAUUUAGAGAUUCGGUACAGAGGCCAGUGGAUGUCAGUCUGCACCACCCAUUGGGAUGAAAGCUAUGGAGAAAUCGUCUGUAGACAGGUUGGAUGCAACGUCUACGACGCGCUACAAAUCAAACCUAUCUCGCGCAAAGAUGGGCCGCUUUUGCUGAACAAGGUUCAAUGCAACGGAACUGAUAUUUCAUCCUCGGGCUGUUCGUUCACUGUCUCCAACGCGGAGGUCUGCGAAAGUAGGACGAUUGUAAGCAUCUAUUGUAAAGUUGCGGCACAGCGCCUGGUACUGGCGGAUGGAGGCAGCCCUUGUGCAGGGAGGGUGGAGGCGAGCAAUAAUGUUCGCUUUUUCGUCACCAUUUGUGGUCGGGGAUUCGGUAUGAAUGAGGCUCGAGCGUCGUGCAGCUACCUAGGCUGCGGCGACGCUGUCUCUGGAUCAGGAAACUCACAGUUCGGAGUUGGAAAGUGGCCCAUGCUGCAAGUUGCGAUUCACUGCGAUGGCACCAAGGACGUUCCCUGGAAAUGUGAAAGGAAGGCCCUGGCUCACCCCAACUGUUCUGGGGAAACGGAAGCAGCCGGGAUUGUUUGUUCGGGGCAUAGAGAGCCCAGGCUGGUUGGCGGAUCCGACCGAUGUCAUGGAAGACUUGAGAUUGUGCAUGGAGCGACCUGGGGCACCGUGUGUGAUUGGCAUUGGGAUCUGCAGGAUGCACGGGUGCUGUGCAGAACAUUGAAAUGUGGGCAGGUGAUAUCAGUCAUCGGGGGAGCAUAUUUUGGAGAGGGCAGUGGUCCCGUGUGGCAGGAGGCAUACGGAUGCCAAGGCAACGAGGCAUCCCUCUGGAACUGCGCCUCAGCACCACGCCCCCAACACACCUGCACACACGAACGUGAUGUCAGCGUCAUCUGCUCAGGUCAAAAGGGGCCGCGAUUAGUCGGUGGCAAUGACAGCUGUUCGGGAAGAGUGGAGAUACUGAGAGAUGAAAUCUGGGGGACGGUCUGCGACACGUACUGGGAUUUACAGGAUGCGGCCGUCGUCUGCAAUCAUCUACGUUGUGGAGUUGCCUUAUCAGCGCCUGGAGGAGCACUCUUCGGUGAGGGAAAUGGUUCCAUAUGGAAAGAUAUCCACGAAUGUCGCGGCAAUGAGAUGCGUUUGAAUGACUGCCUCGUUUCAUCAUGGGGCCACCGUCCGUGCACACACAAGAACGAUGCCGGCGUCAUCUGUUCCGUUGAACAAUGGCAAUUGCGCCUGGUGGAUGGAAAGGGCGUGUGUGAUGGCAGAGUGGAGGUUUAUUACGGCGGCGUGUGGGGCAGAGUAAUUGACAGUCAGUGGGACUUGAGAGAUGCAGAUGUAGUGUGCAGACAGCUGAACUGCGGCUCCGUAAUAAAUGUUUACAACUACUCCAAACAUGCAACCGGCAGGGGCCCGGUGUUAAUGGACAACGUGACUUGCAAUGGCAGUGAACGCUAUCUCUGGAACUGCACGUUUGCACAACCUAACCACUUAUCAAUGGGCGACGAUGUUGGUGUCUUCUGUUCUGAUCAUCAUCCCAUCACACUGAUUGACGGCGGCAGUCGUUGUGCCGGAAGGGUAGAGGUUUACUACAACGACACAUGGGGUACGGUGUGCGAUGAUUAUUGGGAUUUAACGGACGGCCACGUUGUCUGCAAAGACCUGAACUGUGGGUAUGCUCUGAAUGUCACGGUUUCCGGCUGGUUUGGCCAAGGUUCGGGUCCUAUCUGGAUGGACAAUGUCAACUGUUCAGCGAAUAAUUCGGCCUUGUGGCAAUGUCCGGCGAGAGCAAGGGGAGAAAACGACUGCUUUCACAAAGAAGAUGCUGGGGUUAUCUGUUCGGAUCACAAGGCGAUAAAGUUGGUGAAUGGCGCGAAUCCCUGCCAGGGCAGGGUUGAAGUCUUCUUUAACGGGACCUGGGGCACUGUUUGCGAGGAUUUCUUUGGCGACGAGAAUGCGAGAGUAGUGUGCGCUCAUCUCGGCUGCGGCUCAGGAAAGCCGGUUCUACAAAGCUCGGUAUUUGGCCAGGGAUCCGGACAAAUCUGGCUGGAUGAUGUGAAAUGCCGCUUGCACGACUCACUCCUGUGGCAAUGUCCUUCUUCACCCUGGGGUCAACACGACUGUAACCACGGCCAUGAUGUCGGGGUCAUUUGUUCAGAAUCCAAACCGCCGAAACAACGCGUUGCGAUGAAAGAGGAAACAAUGAACCAAGUUCCUGAAUAUGCUGACCUGCGGCUGGUGAAGGGGCCCGACCGUUGCUCGGGAAGGGUUGAAGUGUACUUCAAUGGGACGUGGGGGACGGUGUGCGACGACUCCUGGGACUUGCGCGAUGCCACAGUGGUGUGUGGGCAGUUGAACUGUGGAGAUCCCGAGCUGGCCUCCGCCAGAGACCUCUUCCCCCAAGGCAACGGGACUAUUUGGCUGGACGAGGUGAAAUGCACAGGCGGUGAACGAACCCUGUGGGAUUGCAAAUUCGCUGCCUUCGGUGAUCAUGACUGUGGACACAAGGAGGAUGUUGCCGUGAUAUGUUCCGGUCAGCAGGUGCAUGCACCAUCUUUUAAUUCUCUCAGAAUCUUCGUUUAUGUCAUCCCUUGCAUUCUCGGUUCUGCUCUUAUCGCUGUUUCACUUCAACUGGCCAAAGGUUCAAUAAGAAACUUCCAGAAUGGCCGUAGGAAACUGCUGCACCCUGAUCUCCCCGGGCCGGUGUACGAGGAAAUCGACCCUCAGCAGCCUGUGACAGGACUCGAUUCACAUUCCAUCAGUUCGGUGGACUCCGAUUUGCUUGAACAUGAAGAUGAAGACUUUACAAGGGUUGAUGCACGGUUUGACGAUGAUUUUGGAAAUGAAUAUGACGAUAUUGAAUAAUUUUGCAUGAAGAUGUGAGAAUGACCGCGCCAAAUUAUUCACUCAAUAGUUUGUUACAAGCAUCCUGUAAUGUUUGACGAAAUAUGAAGGAGGGUCUCGACUCGAAACGUCACCUAUCCAUAUUUUCCAGUGAUGAUGCCUGACCCUUUGAGUUACUCCAGCAUUGUGUGUCUAUCUCUGUCAUGUGUGAUGCCUCUUUUGAGUUUCAUUUGAUAACAAUUUAAAUAGAAAUUAGUGUCCAGUUGAGUGUGUCAAUGGAUGGUUCCACCAAAUUAAGAGGUGGUUUAGAUGGUUCAGAAUGUAAAAUAGUUUAUGUUUGAAUUGAACUGUGUAGGUAAAUGUCUUGUCUCUUAACACGCCUCUGCUCCCGGUCACUUAUAUCUCCAGAGAUCCAUCCAUUGAAUGAUGGCAUUUUAAAUCCUGUGGGUUUUAAAAAUGCUUCCAGGAAUUGCGCUCCCAUUCCCAAAUAUUGCUCCCAUUUUCCAUCUUUUGUUUUUUUUUAAUCAAUGAUAUAACCCCUAAUGAUAUAUAGGCGACAUUAUUUUGACUUAGAAAGGGGAAUGUUAUGCAUAUCGCGGAUUUAAUAAAUGAUUGAAGUGUGAUUCUUGUUAUUGAGCCUUUUGAACAGCACUGAUUCAUCAUUCCUCUUGGUCUGGAGAUAUAUAAAACGUGUUUCUCAUUCCUCUGACAAUGAAACAUUGAGGUACUAUUAUAUAACUCAUGCGUAUUUACACUGAGGUUACAAAUGUCAACACAUCUGUUUCCAUUCAUCAAAGAUCUAUUAAUUACAGAUUAUGGCAGGACUUCUUGAUCCAUCGUUAAUGUAGAUUCAAACAAGUUCCAUUGCAUUAGACCUAUAAAUGGACAUAGAACCAAUGUCACAGAAUAAUCCAGCACAGAAACAAGUCUUUCGGGACAUCUCGUGAAUGCCAACCAGGAUGCCAUCCAAGCUAGAAAGAAUUGCCCCAGUUUGUUCCAUGUGCCUUUUAAACUAUUCCUAUCCAUGUACCUAUCCAUAUGUAUUUUAAAUGUUGUUAUUGUAUCUGCCUCAACUACUUCCUCUGGCAGCUCAUUCCACAUAUUUACCAUCCUUUGUGUGAAUAAUUUGUCUCUCAGGUCCCUUUUAAAUGUUCUCCCUAUCAUCUUAAACCUAGGCCCUCUUUGAUUCCUACUCCCAGGGCACAAUAAUACGUGAAUUCUCCUUAUCCAUACCUUCCUGAUAAAGUCAUUCUUCAGUUUCCGGCACUCCAAGAAAUGAAGUCCUAACCUGCCCAACUUCUCCCUAUAGAUGGGGCCCUCGAGUCAAGAAAACAUCCUCAUAAAUUUUCUCUACACUCUUUCCAUCAAUGACAUCUUUCCAAUAUCAGAGUGACAAAAGCUGAAUACAAUACUGCAAGCAUGGACUUACGAUCGUCUUGUACACCGUUCCACAUAACAUUCCAACUUAUGUACUCAAUGCGCUGACUGUCGCAAGCCAACUUGCCAAAGGCCUUCCUCAGCCCCCUGGCUCAAUGCUACACCACUACCAGAGAACUGUGCUCUAUAUAUGAAUUCUUAUACUCCUUGGACAUACUUUUCAACAACAUUCCCAGGCCCCUAAGGAAGUUCUACCCUGAUUUGAUUUACCAAAAUGAUACAAUGAUCUGAAUUGAAUGCCAUUUGCCAUACUUUGCACCUACAUUCGCCCAAUUACCUAGCUGAUCAAGAUCCCACUAUAAUGGCUGAUCAGUUUCUUAACUGUUCACAAUAUCACCUAAUCAGUGUGAUCUGCAAACUUAUUAACCAUACCCUGUGUACUGUCAUCCAAAUCGUUUGUGUUAAUGAUUAACAAUGAUGGGCGCCAGCACUGUCAGAGGCACACCACUAGAGACAGUCUUCUGAGUCUGAAGCAACCCACCAUUCACAUCAUCCAUUCAUUCCCCGGGUCAAGCCGAUUUUGUAUCCAAUUAGACAGAUCUUAUCGGGAUCCCAUGUAAUCCAGCUUGUGGACACACCUCUUAUAGAAGACAAUGACCUUGCCUAGGUCAAUAUAGACAACAUGCAG